GGACCUGGCAUGCAGGACAUGAUUGACAUCAACAGUGCGGUCUCUCACCUUUCAACACACCUCAUUCUGCUCAUGACCCUCCUCACAUUGUAUUUCCUCAAGUUUUGAUGUAAAAGCAGCAGCCCCUUCUCCCAGUGUCUGUCUGUCCAACAGCAUAGCAGACUCAAGCUCUAUGGAAAAAAAAAAGAAUACGCAAAAUUCAACUCCAACUUUACUGUUUUAAAGUUUCAGUUUGGACUGUAUGACAUAAGUGGAAGGCAUUGAAAUGUAAACCAAAAUGAAAUUGGAGUCAAUGUUUGUGUUGAUUACACUUUUUAAAAAAUGUGAAACGAUAAGCAAAAAGUACUGUUGUGAAUAGUUGACUGGUUUUGCCCAAUAUUGAGGUGUAUAUUGAGAUUGCUGGUGUGUCAUGUUUUGUUUCAGUCUCUGUAAAAUACUGUGUUUCUUUUUUCUGUAAUGAAGGAAAUAAUGCAACGUGAUUGUUCAAUUACUGUAUUUUUACAGUUGUAUGCAACAACAUAAUAUCACAGCAUUGAAGUAUUACAUCUGCUCAUACAGUAUGUUGUUCUUAGUCCUGCAGACUAAGACCAGUAUUCCACUCUGAUACUCUGUUCAACCAAUCUGAAAUAUGACAGUGAACUGUAUGAAUGAUGGCUAUUUUGUCAGCCUCUCUCUAUUAAUAUGCCAAGGUUACAAUACCCUGACCUGGCUUCACGGACCUGUAUGUGUGUGUGUAUUCUGAUGUUCAGAGAUUCUCAUGAGGACAAACAUGGGAAUCAUUUUUCAAGAGGCUAGGCUGGUGUCUUAGGUGAGUGUGGCUUUUAUUAUGUUUUUCCCUGAGCCAUCUCUCUUCCAGUAAUAGCUACUGUGAAGGUGUUGGGUUGGUUAUAUGGCACAACGAAAAAAUCAUUUGGUUAAUGGGGGAGGUGGCAGGGGAAAAAAACAUGUGGUGCACUAAGAAUAAACAAAUGUCAUCCCACAGAAUGCUUCCUUCAGUGUUAUUGACGUGUGGUAAACGCAUGAAAGUUGCACCUCAGUAAAAAGGCAACAUUUUGCUGAUGCUAGGAAAAAAACAACAUUCGAGGCCUCUGAACGUGGAGAAACAAGGCAAGAGCACAGCAUGAGGAGUACAUCUACUGCUACAGGGUACUGCAAGUUUGAUUAACUCACGUAGUAGUUGUGCUUUUAUUUCACACCAAAAGAGCCAAUAUCAAAGCCCAGAAAAGACGCUAGAAAGUGUUAAGAGUAAGACCUCUUUUUUUGUUUGUUAAAGCUGCGUCCUUUGAUUUAAAAAAAAAAAAAUCUUGAUAGCUGAUUUUAAAACAGGGAUUGUUCAAUAUGUGUUGGUUAAGUCUUUUUGGCCCUGCAGUGAUCACUGCUCACAGGCGCUAUGGAGUAAUAGCAGCUGGAUGUAACAUCGGCAGUGAAGGCAUUCAGGCUGUUGCAUCCUCACCUGACCAACCUUAUCAAACCAGCACAUUUUACACCUUCAUGUAGAAAUUUGGGAUCAUCCCAGAAGCGUCCACUUAUCAGGACGAGACAGGCCAUGAGACCCACCGCCUCUCCCACUCCUCCACACACUCCCACCUCCCCAGAUGCACACACACACACACACACACACACACACACAUGCACACCCAUCCCUGCACACACACACACACACACACACACACACACACA